UCUCUUUCUCUGUCACACAUCUUUUCUGAAUCAACCAUCGCCAGACAAAAGUAUUAGAAACAAUGGCGGUUGCUCAGGUGCCCCGCAACUUCAAGCUUCUCGCCGAGCUCGAGAAGGGCGAGAAGGGAAUGGGCGCAGGUGCCUGCUCCUACGGUCUCGAAGACCCCGAGGACAUCCUCAUGACCCACUGGACUGGUACCAUCUGGGGCCCCCCGCACGGCAACCACGAGAACCGCAUCUAUGAACUCAAGAUGGAGUGCGGCGCCAACUACCCCAAAGAGCCCCCCGUCAUCCACUUUGUUAGCCAGAUCAACCUUCCCGGUGUCAGCCAAACCGACGGCCGCGUCGACCCCAAUUACGUCGGCAUCCUGCGCGACUGGACUCGCAUCUCGGCCGAGCUUUCGAGAAACCCCCGCCCGAAAGAGGAUCCCUUGAGCCUCGAGGCUGCUCUUAUCGCCAUUAGAAAGUAUAUGGAAGAGCACAAGAAGCUGCCGCAGCCUCCCGAGGGCUCCAAGUACCCCAUGUACAAGUAAACAUCUACCGGUACCGCCACGGUCAUUAUCGAUAGAAGCAACAGGUUCUUAAUACAUUUUGGCGGAUGUUCAUAUCAUGUUCUGGUGUUUGGGGUUUUGUUAAGGGAGCUAGGGAAGCAUUGUAUAAUUCGUAUGCAAACCAAAGUUAUGACGCUUUA